AGGAUAGACCUGACGUCAUGGCCCACUGAAUCUUUCAUAAUAAACAAUCUUUAGUUCCAAAUUGUUGCAGAAAGUGACUGAUAUUAUCAACAAAACAGCAGUAACGCUCUUUAAAAAAAUUUAAAUGGCCAGUAAAUUACCAAAAUCAUCUUUGAGUUUAAAACAGUUUCUUCGAAGACAGGAGGUCCUCACUCUCUAUCGAAAUAUUCUCAAGACCAUUAGGCAAGUGCAGGACAAGCAGGACAAGGAAUACCUGAAAAACUGGGCAAGAUCUGAUUUUAAGAGGAAUAAGAAUUUAACAGACGAAUUCGCGAUUAAGUCCUCGAUAGUCCACGGGGAGAAUUCUAUGAAAGAGCUGAAACGAAACCUCAACCUUACGAAAUAAACUUCAAGUCUUAUACAGAAUACGGGUUAAUAUACAAAUCUGAUAGAAUAAAAAAACAAACAUAAGGCAAAUCACUGUAAAUCGCUGUACAUAAAACAUGAAUAAAUUCUUGAACGAAUUCA